CCUCUAGCCACAGCCCACUCCCAAGCCCUUGUUCCUGCAGGAGAGGCGCCGUGGUGUAGGCUGCGUGGCGGGGCAGGGCAGCGGGCUCCGUGUGACUGCGGCGUGUAGUGAUGUGUGAUGGUUGUGGUGGCGGUGGUGGUGGUUGUAGGGUUCCCCCCGCGGCGGUGAGCAGCCAGGCCGCGCUCACCUGGCCGCCUCCUGCAGCCCGCGCCGCUCAGUCGGUAAAGAGGUCGCCUGUGCGUCGGACCUGCGGCAGUGUGCUCGGCGGGUCGGGUCUCAGUGUCGGCAGCGGCGCGGUGUGUUGUGGUGUGUUUGUUGGUGUGUUAUGGUGUGAUUUGGUGUGGUUCACUCCCUCCCCGGCAGCCCUGCCAUGUAAGGCGCACUGAUGCCGAGUCGCGGGUUCUUCUCGCGGGCGGUGCACUCCAGCAGCUCUGUGAAGCCUGGGCCCGCGUCCCUUCCCCCAGCCCACAACCCUCACCCUCUGUACCCGCCGCCCGCCUCCCCCGUCAAAAAUGGUUGGUGGGGAGUACCGCCCUGGCUCCAGCGGGGCAGCAAGGGCCUGCCCCGCCACAGUUCGGGUCCCAUACCGCAGAUGGUGUCCUCGGGGCCCUCCUCAUUCCCCGGCACCCUACCUGGAACACUGCCCAGUACCCUGCCGGGCUCGUAUGGGGUUGAACACCCCUCCACCUUCACCAGUACUCUGCCUGGCCGAACCAGCCACCACCCCUACUACCUGCACCACCAGCAUCCGCAGCAGCACCACCAGCUGCACCACCAGCACCGCUACUCCAAACAUCAGCUGAAGGCGGAGGGCAAGCAUCAGGCCAAGGCGGAGAUCAAACACGGGCACAAGUCUGAUCCGCCCCAGAAGAAUGUCCCGCUCACCCCGCAGCAUCACUCCGGGUCCUCCCGCCCGCCCUCCAUCCUGGGGUCGCGGCCCCGCACGCCACACGACCUUCCCACCCUGAGUAACGGGUCCAGCAGUGGACCUCACUCGCUACCCACUGCCUGGCCCGCCAUGCACGACCUGCGGGACCCCCACCAGAUCAACCCUUCCCCUACCCACCACCACGCCCCCUCCCCUCCUCCGCACCAUGUCCCUCCUCCUGCCAUAGAGGUGGAGCAGAAGCACGAGGUGGAGGAGGCGCGGCGGGAAGGGAAGGAACAGGGGGGCGUGGAGCUCAGUCAGCUGAAGGUGGACCCUGAGCUGAUCUUCACCAAGCAGGAGAGGAUCGGGAAGGGGUCUUUUGGAGAGGUGUUCAAGGGGGUGGACAAGCGGUCAACGCAGGUGGUGGCCAUCAAGAUAAUUGACUUAGAGGAGGCUGAGGAUGAGAUUGAGGACAUCCAGCAAGAAAUCAUGGUGCUCUCCCAGUGUGACUCGCCCUACGUCACCAAGUAUUAUGGCUCCUACCUCAAAGGCACCAAGCUUUGGAUCAUCAUGGAGUACCUGGGAGGGGGAUCUGCUCUGGACCUGAUGAAGGCUGGCAGCUUUGAGGAGAUGCACAUAGCAGUCAUCCUGCGAGAGGUGAUCAAGGGCCUGGACUACCUGCACUCUGAAAGGAAGCUCCACAGGGACAUCAAGGCGGCCAAUGUCCUGCUCAGUGAGAUGGGAGACGUCAAGUUGGCUGACUUUGGUGUGGCAGGGCAGCUCACCAACACCACCAGCAAGAGGAACACUUUCGUUGGCACGCCCUUCUGGAUGGCUCCUGAGGUCAUCAAGCAGUCAGCUUAUGACUCGAAGGCGGACAUCUGGUCGCUAGGCAUCACUGCUAUUGAGUUGGCAAAAGGUGAACCACCCAACAGUGAUCUCCACCCAAUGAGAGUGCUCUUCCUCAUUCCCAAGAAUAACCCUCCACAACUCACUGGCAAUUACAGCAAACCCUUCAAGGAGUUUGUUGAGGCUUGUCUCAAUAAAGAUCCAGAAAAUAGACCAACUGCAAAAGAAUUGCUCAAGUUCCCAUUUAUUAGGAAGGCCAAGAAGAAUGCUUACCUCAUGGACCUCAUUGACAGAUAUAAGUCAUACAAGAAAAACAAUGCGGACACUGACACCGAUUCUGAUCCAUCAGAUUCUGAGGAGAGCCGAGUGGAGAGUGAUGUGGAGGACCCGGCUUGGAUCAUGACAGUGAAGGGUCCCCCCGGUGGCCUCUCCCCGACUGGCAUGCAGGAAGGGUCGCCUCCCACCACUUCCACCUCUCCACUCUCCUCCUCACCCAUGGAGUUCAACAACGUGCCAGCCUCCUCCACGUCUUCCCUUGCGCACUCUCCACCUAAGGAGAACAAUGGAGUCAUAUUUAGAGAAAAAGCCUCGUCCCCUACUCGUCCAACUGCAAUUGCACCUCCUCCUCCAAGUGAUAAUGAAAAACGCAGAGAAAGUCGCCACAUGGACCACAGAACCUCAAGGGACAUGGACCUCUCGCCACGCUCCACUGAGCCUCACACGAAUGGUGACGACACCCACAUGGCCAACUUGGCUGACAUGAGGAUUGAUGCAGAGGACCACAGAAAUGAGAAUGACCGUCCGGAUAGAAAUGAUGUGAAUGACUCACGCCAUAUCCGAGAAGUCCACCACUCCAGAGACAACAGGGCCAGCAUAGGCAACAUGAGGGAAGUGAGGAGGCCUGAGCACCGCCACAGCUCCUCACUCCCCCAGGCCCCUCGCACCAAAUCACCCCCUCCAGUCAACAGUGCUUUAUCAGGGGUGGUGUUGCCUCUCAUCUCUGAGUUACAGAGACGCCACCGACACAACCCAAGAGGCAAUGACCCCCACCGCGCCGAUGCCAUCGAGGAACUCAAGUCAGCGUUUGAGUCAGCCGAGAGGUCAAGUCCAGGUGUGACAGAUGCCUUCAUUCGGGACCUGUUUUCAAAAUUACUGCCUAACAUGACUGAAGCAAGGGUCAGGCAAGCACAAGACAACUUAAUGAGGUGAAACUCCAGUGGCUGUUUAAAUGUGAGCAUCACAAUGGAAUUGUGUCUGAAGCAGUUCUAAAUAUGAUGGCUCAAGCAAACACCAGUUGGAGAGCACCAUCAAAGACAGUGCUGUACAUUUUGCAAUAACUAAACGCUGUCCUCAGUAGCGGGAUGGUGUAUCACGAGUUAAACCUCCCCAUAUUCUUUAUUUCCUUAUUUAUUUUUGGAACAGGGUGACAUUGUUUCCUUGCAUUGCUGUUGUUCCCUGCCUGCCCUCAGGGGGCCACAAUGUGCUUUGAGUCCUUGCACAUGCUGGAGGCAAGAGUAGUCACCUACUUAACUCUUAACUUCAGCAGCUUCUACAGUGUACAGUUUUACCAUUAAACUUUGGUCUAGUGAAAAAAAUACUACAUGAAUUGACAGUAUUGAGAGUAUGUCAGUUUACAUCUAGUGCAGGAUGUCCUGGUGUGCAUGAUUUACUUGGCAACAAAAACAAGGAAACAGGAUGCCAGCGCCUCUCAGUUUGUGUCUUGAUGGCGUCCACACUUACUGGAGCGUCCUAGUCACGGGUGAGGCUUAUUGAGGAAGAAGAUUGGUGUUAUGUGUACAGUCUUAUUUCAGGUUGCACAUACGUUUACAUUUGCAUUUUCUCUAAAUGUAGCCAGCAUGAUGCCACAAAUCUGCUGAGCCAUGAAAUAUGUUUUACAAGGGGAGGCUAACUCUUGUGUAUCAUACUAGUGUACAUAAUGUGUAAGUCAAUGAGGACCAGUGCAUCUGGAAAAUGUAAAUAUAUACUCCAUUUAACCAUUUUCAACCAAAUCUAGUAUGGUUGAAAUCAAUGGACUACCACUCCCACCCUUCUCAUCCAUAUCAGUAGUCAACGGCUGCUUAGUAUAUACUUUUAUUUCCUCAAGAUUUUGUUGAUGGUGUUACUUUUCCUAACACCAGGCUGGUUUAGUACUUUUAGGGAGGGAGAAUGUUGCAAGUUCAUGAAAUUUCUUAAUUUUAAUCUUGGGACAGUGAGAAGUGUGAGUUGAAACAAAGAUCAAGACUACUGGCUGCACCUCAUCUCUGCCAUAUGUCCCCUUGUGAUACUUGCCUCUUUGUGUAGUAGCCAAAGAUGUUAGUAUUUAUUUUGUGUUAAAGGGCACUUCAUCAAGUUGUGUCAAAGACAUUGUAGGUUGUAUCCUAUUCCUUUCUUGCUCUUGGAUGCAAAUUAGUCUUGUAAAUGACUUAACAUUCCAUUAAUGGUGAUUUUUUUUUCCCUAGAAGUUGAUGCAAUUUCUGGUCUCUUUAUUUAUUUAUUAAAACACACACACACACACACACACACACACACACACACACACACACACACACACACACACACACACACACACACACACACACACACACACACACACACACAUACACACACUUGGUAAGAAAUUUAUAAAUUAUUAAAUAGGAUGGAGGAAACAAUGAAAAAUUAUGCUGAGAGAAAGAAGAAAAUGUGGAAAAAGGACAUACCAAAAAACUCAGAGAAAGAAGUUUGAAAAUGGGAAAAAAAAGCUUCCUACAUAAAGAAUGGAAGUUUUGGAUAGAGUAAGGGAGAAGACAGGAUCACCAAGACAUGUGAACCAGCUGAGUGGAGGACUGGACCAACACAGGCAUGAAGGCAGUACCACCACAGGGUAGCUCAGCCCCUGUAACACACACACACACACACACACACACACACACACACACACACACACACACACACACACACACACACACACACACACACACACACACACACACUCAUUCUCUCUCUCUCUCUCUCUCUCUCUCUCUCUCUCUCUCUCUCUCUCUCUCUCUCUCUCUCUCUCUCUCUCUCUCUCUCUCUCUCUCUCUCUCUCUCUCUCUCUCUCUCUCUCUCUCUCUCUCUCUCUUAUUAAUAGCAAGUUUAAUAUACAAAACUGAUUUGCAAAAGGCAUUUCAUUUGUUAAGUAGUACUGUCAGUUUGUUGUUAUUUUGACAAAUGUAAAAACUGGUUGUUACUACUUGAGUAAUCCAAGAAUAGAGCAUUACAGUAUAUAACACAUUUGUUUUCCUGUAAGGAAGAAAGCGUAGUGUUUGAACACUUAAGAUGUUACAUUUGAUAUUGACUCCCUAAGGAAAGUCUCUUGUGAUUAAUGUAACUACAAAGAUCAUUAUAUUUUUCUAUGCAAUAUAUUAUUUUCAGUAAGAAUUGAAGUAUGCUCACAUGAACUAGAGCAAACAACUGAUUGGCUCUAGAAAUUCAGUAUUAUAACUUCCUUUCAAGUUACCUGAUGGUGUAAUUCAACAAAGUAUUUGUUUAUACUGGGCCACACCAGGGUCUUGUUAUAUGCAGUUUUAGAAUAUGUGAUGGGCAUAUCUACCUAACCUGUAUGUCACCAUAUUUUUGUGAGAAAAAUUUCUUUUUAUGUGAGUUGCAUAGAAGGCAACACAAGAUGUGGCAGUGAUCAGCAUCUGCCACACUCACUCCAUACGGUUCAAGAGCAGCUCCAUCUUACCACUCCACUCUGGCUGCAGCUUCAUAGUUCCACUCAUCACCCAUAACAUGCCUGUAAGUUUGAGGCUUCCUUACUCCUGCCUGAGCUGUCUUGAUUAAUUUCAUGCAAUGGACACCAAAUUAGUCACAAGAAAAGAACCUCUUUCAGACUAGGCAGUAUUGCUUGAAAGUUAUAUAUAUCAUACAGUUCAUUCAUUAUGUGUCUCCUUUCAUGAGACAAACAUUUGGCUAUGUUUAGUUUUGUGAGGCGUGUGUAAGGUAGUGUCCUGAUUCCUAUUCCAUCUCUCCAUCCAACCAUUGCUGAGUGGUGUGCUCAGAUCACAUCUGGUAAGUUAGGAUGCUCUUUAAAUGGAAUCUGACAUCACUAAUGUAUUCAAGAACUACUUAAGUACAUUAUAAUAAUGAAAAGUGCUGAAUUAAAGUUUAUGAGACUGAAAAACAAGGCCAUGGAACAUAAACUCCUGUUAUGGAAUUGUAUGAUAUUUUUGUGGAAUGUGAUCCUCACAUAUAGUGAGACCCUGGUGUACUACCAAGCAAAACUACUUACUGAAACAAAUAGUGGUGUGGAAAAAAAAAAAAAAUUUAAUGGCAAGAAUUACAUCAUGUAUUUAACAGGCACUGGAAUAUCAAGAUUAUUUAUAAAAAACUGGUUAGAGUACCAGGGAGUUGAAAGUAAAUUUCUUCAAAGUACUAUACAUACCAAAAGCUUUGCUCUUGUUUGCAACAUAAUAAUGCUUUGUGCAGAUAUCUAGGACCUGCUUUGGGUGUAGAGGUGGCUUCAUUCAUUGACAUGCCAUCUGCUGGCCAUAGAGGACAUCUGGCAGUUCCACUUUGUAGAAAUUAAAGUAUUUUAAUUUACCUGCUGUGUCCCAUUAAGCAAGCAGAUGCUGGAGAGUAUACUUGACUCUCCUCUUAAAAGUGGUGUGUUUCAAAUUGCUCUAUUGGUCAGUCCAGUGGAAAUGUGUGGAGCCAACUGUACAUAAAACUGAGCAAAAAAUUCACCUAUACAUAGACAUUUCCACAUGGUUAUUUAUGUGCUGCUGUUUCCAAGCUCUAUUUGAUCAUCAUUUGAGAUUCUUAACAGUUGGAUGGUCAUUUGAGUGGGCUUUUAUCCUGAAAACUAAAGAUUAUUGCAAAUGAACCAUAAAUGUUGUGCACAGUCCCAUUAUUGUUACAACUCAUGGCUACCAGUGAUACCUCUCUGUAUGACACCAUACUUCUGUUCAAGUUGCUUGCUUUUCAAAAUAAACAGUAUAAUCAGUCAAGAACUAUUUGCCUUCCGGGAUUAUUCUUCUGAAAUGUUUUUUGUAAAUAAUUAUGGCCCUUGAUUGUGUUAAUGCCAAUUAUUGUAAGUAAAUGAUUUAUCUUGUUGUAGGGAGGACUAUAUUUUGUGAAGCCAAGUAGUCCUCUCAACUUGUAUGUACAGUAUAAUGGUUGAUGAAUUAAUAAAUCUAGUAGAAAGA